GUUCUUGGACGCGUGUCUGAAUAGUGUUUGGCGCGCGCCAUGCUGUGCAGUAUUUUGAAGUUGUCACUCCAGUGUUUAUAAGUCUGACGUUUGCGUGAAGCGAUUUUAUGCUGUUUAACCUGGAAUAUGUGUUUCUGACAUUUUUUAUAACCUGUACCUUUUGGUAAUCGUGGAGGAAUUUCCUGGCUGCGGAACAGCAAGAUGCACAGGUACCGUUAGCUGUCUGUUAGCACGCGCAUGUUGUUUAUCAUGUCAGAGGGAAAUCCCUUCAUUAUUUCUGUUGCAAAUCCGCUACCGUGAAGUAGCAGUAAAUGUGGGCGAGGCAUUUACUGAGGAGGACAGCCUGCCUCUUACAAGGGCUACCUCUUGGACUUCACCAUCGUCUGGUCCUGAGACACAUCACCAGCUCUCUAUUGCAGUAUCCUGGCACGAGACUUUCUUGGUCUCAUCUGCAUGGAGGGUCAAAGUCCACCGCGUGCUUCAAUCCCUGCAGAACAUUAAAAAGAGAUGCAAAGUCUUCAAUAGACGUUCCUGCCAAUCCAGUUACAGUCACAGACAUCAAGCAGUAUCUGAGGUCCAAGGGCAUUUCAUUUCAUGAUGGUUAUAGCUGCUUACACGCUAGCAGUAUUUUUGUAGAGACAAAAUCACAGAUGCAGGAAGGAGCUGGGAAAGACAGCUACACAAUGUUUAUUGACAAAAUGACCGGGCAAUUUCUCUGUAAAGAGACUCUAGUAGAAGGAAGCUGGGAAGAUCUGCAGGACUGUCUGGAGGUGAUGCAGAAAGAGGGACAAACUUCAAUCAGCCCGGAGGUUUUGUUGAGCUACUCAGAGAGUGUGGAGGAACAGGGGCAGAGGGAGAUGGAACUGAAGGAGGUGCAGAGGAUUUGGAGCAGCUCUGUGACGUUCACAGAUCUCCACGAAGAGGAAUUGCAGCUCAUCAAAACUAUGUUCCAGAUCAGUAAGAUUAACAACGCAACUUUAAAGAAGUUUGGGGUGAGAUUCUUUAAACCAACUAAAAGCCUUGUGUUUCCUUGGUUUAGUGGGUAUGACUUACACAUCCGUGGCAUAAAACUGCUCUCUGCUGCCACUAAAGGUGAUGGCCGGGUAGUUUAUACAGAAGCUAGUAUUCCGAAAUUAUCCAAUUACUACAACCUCUUUGGCCUUCCCUUAGUAGGACGGAAGGAAACGGAGAUGGUACUCACAGGAAGUGAGAUUGACAGUAUGGCGGUGAGUCAGGCCACUGGCCUGACUGCUUUAGCCUUGCCACGGGGAGUUAGUUGUCUGCCCCCAGUACUUCUUCCUUACCUAGAGCAGUUCAGGAAGGUUACACUGUGGCUAGGAGGGGAUAUGCAUGCUUGGGAGGCUUCAAAAAUGUUUUCAAAGAAACUAGGAUUGAAGCGCUGUUCUCUUGUGCGACCGGGAGAAUUUCACCCGUGUCCUAAUGAGGCACUGAUGCAAGGCAAGAACCUUGCACGUAUUGUUAAGGCAUCCAUCCCUGCUGCCCACAAGUCUAUAGUGUCCUUUAAGCAGCUCAGGGAUGAUGUGUUUGGAGAGUUGUCCAAUGUGGAGCAGGUGGCAGGAAUAAAGUGGGGCCGGUUUCCUGAGCUCAAUCGAAUCCUUAAAGGCCAUCGGAAGGGGGAGCUGACAGUAUUCACAGGUCCCACUGGCAGUGGGAAGACCACCUUCAUCAGUGAGUAUGCACUUGACCUGUGUAUGCAGGGAGUGAACACACUGUGGGGCAGCUUUGAGAUCAAGAACGUACGUUUGGCCAAAAUCAUCCUGACACAGUUCGCUAUGCAGAGACUGGAGGAAAGCUUGGAGCAGUAUGACUACUGGGCUGACAAGUUUGAGGAGCUUCCACUUUACUUUAUGACCUUCCAUGGACAACAGAAUGUUAAGACAGUGCUUGACACCAUGCAUCAUGCUGUUUACCUCUACGACAUCAGUCACGUGAUCAUCGACAAUCUGCAGUUUAUGAUGGGGCAGGAGAACCUGUCUGUGGACAAGUUUGCAAUACAAGACAACAUUAUUGGAGCUUUCAGAAAAUUUGCAACAAACAGCAGCUGCCAUGUGACCCUGAUCAUCCAUCCAAGAAAAGAGGAAGAUGACAAAGAACUUCAAACAGCAUCCAUUUUUGGCACAGCUAAGGCUAGUCAGGAGGCUGACAAUGUGCUUAUCCUUCAGGAGAAAAAGCUUGUUACUUGUCCUGGACGCAGAUCCUUGCAGGUGGCCAAGAACCGCUUCGAUGGAGAUGUGGGGAUUUUCCCUCUGGAGUUCAACAAGUCUUCACUUACUUUCUCAGCCCCAGUCAGGAGCAAGCAAAAACUGCGCAAGGUCAAAGGGGACAAGGCUGAGAACUCAGAGACUGAAGUCAAGGAGAAAAGUGAGAAAGUCUCAAAGUCUACAAAAGAACCUAAAACCCGCAAAACACUGAAGGAGCCAGCAACCGGAAAGAAUGAAAUGAAUGGAGAAUGAGGAAGCUAUAGUAAAGGAAAUGGUUUUUCAGAGUAAGUGAAUGUUGCAGUGCAAAUCAGUAUUUUUGAGCUCAGCUGUCGGACAAAAAUGUCAGUAGUUUUUUUUUCUACAGGACAUCUGGUAAAUGUUCACAUUUUUUGCUAUUGAAUUAGCAAACAGUGAAUUGCACUGACUCAAGAUGGAAGUUUGGAAAGGAAUAUUGGAUGUAUUGAAUCAAAUACUAUUUUGCCAUUAACAGAUGGAUGUUCAUCAGGAACAAGGCUCUGAUUUGUUUGCACUGUGCUCAGCAUAAAUAAUCUUCAAUGCUUGGGAUAAACAUUCAAGUCUCUUAUGGUCUCUGUAUCGUAGAAAUGAGUCUUGACUGAUGCCUGACUUUAUUCUGACAUCCUACAAGAGUCUCUGGAAAGCACAUAUGUGAUGGUGACGUGCGUUAAUAUAAGCUGUGUCCACAAAAUGGCAAUAUUAAAUGCGUCAGUGAAGCCAGUUUAAAAUUUGAUCCGAUGGCAACAUAAUGUUUCAGACUUGUAUCAGCCACACUACUUAAAUUCAGUAUCAGUGCAAAAUUGUUCACUACAGUGUUCAGCUUUCUUGUUUAAAUGCAUCUAAUUAUACACCGACCAGGCAUAAGAUUAUGAUCACCUGCCUAAUAUUGUGUUGGUCCUCCCUUUUGCUGCCGAAACAGACCUGACCCAUCAUGUACUGUGUAUUCUGACACCUUUCUAUCAGAACCAGCAUUAACUUCUUCAGCAAGUUGAGCAACAGUAGCUCGUCCGUUAGAUCGGAUCACACGGGCCAGCCUUCGCUCCCCAUGUGCAUCACAUAUGCCUUGGCCGCCCAUGACCCUGUCGCCGGUUCACCACUCUUCCUUCCUUGGACCACUUUUGAUAGAUACUGACCACUACAGACUGGGAACACCCCACAAGAGCUGCAGUUUUGGAGAUGCUCUAUUCCAGUCGUCUAGCCAUCACAAUUUGGCCCUUGUCAAACUCGUUCAAAUCCUUACACAGGAAAGCCCAUUUUUCCUGCUUCUAACAUAUCAACUUGGAGGACAAAAUGUUCACUUGCUGCCUAAUAUAUCCCACCCACUAACAGGAGCCAUGAUGAGAUCAUCAGUGAAAAUCAGUGCCUGAUCGGUGCAUACGCAAGUAAUAUUGAAACAUGAUGGUUUUAUAUGAAAAAAUGUAUUAAAAUAU